AAGCUUGGGGCCUCGGGAGGGCAACGGAUCCGACGCCAUGGCGCUGUGGGGGGACCUCAAGGCCAAAGCCACCUUCCUGGCUGCCUACAACUGCCGGCGGCGUGAGGUGGAGCCGCCUCCACCAGCAUCUCCCAUUGUCUCUCCAAAGUCGAGGGGCAAAAGCUCUGCUAGGUCGCUAGGCCCGAGCAGCGCUCGAUCAGCAGGAUGGCCGGGGAGUGCGCGCAUGAACAGCGCGCGGGUGAUUGACAGUGCAAGGGGCGUCUACACCAUCGUGCGCAGCGAUGUGGAUGACGACGAGAGGCCCAAAGGUACUGCAAUGCCGCUGGUGCCAAAGAGCGAGACGGGCAUAAGGCUGCGGUUGUUCACGCAUGCAGGCCAUGGCUUCUCGGAAGCCUGGGAGCAGAAGAGCAACAACCUCGAGUGGGUGGAGUCGACCUGGUUUCAAGCGACCAGCGGUAUCAUCAUCAUGUGCAAUGCGGUUGUCAUUGGCUUGGAGACCGACCUAGAGUCUUCAAUUUGGUUCUGGGUUGAGCACGCUCUUCUGGCGUAUUUCCUUUUCGAGCUCAUCGUUCGGCUGCUGCGACACGGCUGCUACUUCUUCCGACAGGAGGAGGAGUGGGGGUGGAACGUCUUUGACUUUCUCAUCGUUGCGAGUGGAGUGGCAGAUCAGUGGGUGAUGCCUCUCUUGCAUUCUGUCAUGCGGCACGAAGUGAAAGACAGCAAGCAAGGCAUGGCCUCCGUUUUCAUGGUCUUCCGUAUGGCUCGACUGCUGCGCAUUGUGCGCCUUUUCCGAUUGGUCAAGAUAGUGCGGCCGCUCUACGAGUUGGCGCAGUCCAUCACAGAGGCUUUGCAAGGCAUGUUCUGGGUGCUGGUCUUCAUGAUCAUGACUCUCUACUCUGUGGCUAUCCUCUGCACGCGGCUGAUUGGUCAUGGCAACAUCAUUGGUGAUGAUGCUGACGAGGACCUGCAAGAAAUCAAGGAGAUGUUCAGCUCUGUGAGCACGAGCAUGUUCACUCUCUUUGGCACCGUCAGCAGCUGGAGUCUCACGAAGUUCGUGCCGCUCUUCGAAGAGAUGCCCAUGCUACGACCGCUGUUUGUCGUCUUCUAUAUCUAUUCUGCCUGGGCACUUUUGGCCGUCAUGACAGGUGUCGUCAGCGAGAACAUGAUCGCAAUUCGUGACCAAAUGCAGAAGGAAGACGAGCAGCGUGAGGAGAAGCGGAAGUCCAUGAUCACCAAAGUGCUAAUGGAACUCUUUCGUGAGGCAGACGUGGACGGCAACGGCAUCGUAUCGAGGGCAGAGUUUGAAGCUAUGCUCAAGUCGCCGGAGCUGGUCAAGAAGAUUACCAAAAAUACCAGGAUGAAGGUUCAAGACCUCAUGGACCUCUUUGACUGGAUCGACCACGACAAAGGCGGCACUAUCACCAUCGAUGAGUUCAUGACAGGAUUCAAAUGGAUCAAUGAGCCCUUGAGGGCAAAGAGCCUUGUGAAGUUGCAGGAGCGCCUCGCUGGCGAUCUGAAGGUCCUCGAGAGCACCGUGUCUGGCAUCAUCCAGAAACGGGUGGAGGAGGUCCAGCGCACUGUCGCGAUGCCCUUGAGAAAGGUGCACGCCAUCGCAGAGCAGAUGCAAAGUCUUGACGUUCAGCUAGGCAAGAUCCGGCCCAUUCUUCGUGAGCGCCUCGCCGACGUCCCGUCACAAGUGGAGCUGAAGGAGAUGGAGGAGAGAUUGAGCAACAGGCUGAAAGCGACGCUGGACCAGCUUAGCGGUAUCGAGGCGAAGGCCAAAGUCCACAUGAGGCAGAAGAACCACAAGUGAACGAUGCUCGCUCAAUCUUGUUUGGAUGCCUCUAUUUUUCUUGUGAAUUUUCUAACAGUUAAUUUCAAGAGAUGAAAGGUGGAUUACCUGCACGCGCCAACUGCCUUGCUUGCGCCGAUUGGUGCAAAAGGCAGAGCACACGUUGAUGGGCAAACUCUGCCCUCAGGCCCGUCACCCGAACGGGUGCAAGUAGUCAGGACGAGGUUGCCACUUUCCGCUGCGCAGGCA